UUUUUUAUUGGUGAAGUGUGUAAUGUGACCGUUUGGAAUAUCAUGUGUCCUAAAGGAAUUCAGUUCAUUUGAACAUCCAACAAAUGGGACAUUGGAAGAUGAGAUGAGGGAUUUCCGAGGAGAAAUAAAGAGAGAUUAAAAAAAUAUUUUAAAGACGUAGGAGGUCUUUGAGGAGGGGGAGGCUGGAAAUUUCUCCUGUUGUGCAGGACAGUCUGGGACGACUUCCUGCCGCCUAUUGCUCCACUUUUUUCUACAACUUUACAAGUAGCUACAGAUUUCAGCGAGGACGAACUAUUUGGUGACGAAGCAGUGAGGCUGUAAACUGGGACACAGGAUUAAUGCUGAGUCGAGGGGAAGAACUAGAAAAAAGAUGUUCGUGUAGCUUCAAGGAAAGAAGACGGAAGCAGCUUUACAAAAAGAUGUUUCGGAAAAAAGCAUCUUCAUCCUUGAGGGUGACAAGGAUAACGGGAAGCUCAACAUACAGGGGGCGUAGUUUGUCCUUCCAUGAGGUUCGUUGCCAGGGUGAGAUGGAGAUGAGGGCCGGAACCGAAGAGCCAUCAAAUAGCAAUGUAUCAAGUGGUGGCAGUACAGUCCUUCAGCGGCUCCUUCAGGAGCAGAUGAAUCGAAACUAUGUGCUGCAACAACAGCAACAGUCUGGAGGAGGGGGGGUUGGAGUAUCAACAGGAGGAGGAGGUGGAGGUGGCUAUUCAGUACAUGGACAGGUAAGCCCCACUGAUGAUCAUUCUGUAAGUGCUCACAUUGCAAGACAAGAGCCCCAGGGACAGGAGCUUCAGACGGACAGUGGCCUGGAGAAGGUUGGUGUCAUCAGAGUUGGUGGGCAUGGUGGGGGCAGUGGAGGUGGGGGAUGUGUGGGCUCUUGUGGAGAAGCAUCCAGUGGCGGGGGCAGUGGAGUUGGUGUCAUCACCCAAGGACAGUGCCCUAACUUAGAAGAUCUCCCUACAUACGAGGAAGCCAAAGUACAGUCACAGUACUUCCGCGGCCAUGGUUCUCCUCCUCAGGCUCAGCAGCAGCAGAACAGCCAGGCCCAGCAGCCCUCACUGCCUGCCUCGUUAGGUGCUGCUUUCUACGUUACUGGCCUGACCAGCACCAAAGUUCGCACUGAGGGUCGCCCAACACUACAGCGUGUCAGUGGUACCGGGAAGGUGCACCAAGAUGAUGGACUAAAAGAUCUAAAGCAAGGACAUGUCAGGUCUCUCAGUGAACGGCUUAUGCAACUUUCUUUAGCCACCAGUGGUGUUAAAGCCCAUGCUCCUGUAAGCAGCACCCCCCUUUCCCCACAGCUGCCCCCAUCAUGCCAGCCUGGAGACUACUACAAGCCACAACAUCGAGGCCCACCACCAGACUAUCCUUUUAAAGGAAUAUGUUCUCCUGGCAGUCAUCCGGAGUCUGGAGGCCACUUUUAUCAGGAGCCAAGAGUAAGGGAUCACUCCAGGGAGGUUCCAAAUGUUCGAUAUCAGCCCCCUCCUGACUAUGGCUCUUUCAGAUCCACUAAGGAGGUCUCAGUUCACUACCAGAGGCCCCUCAACCAGCACAGUCCCAGCUCCUCUGUGACCUCUGUUGGAUCUUUGUCUCGUGCACAAUCCUCUACUCUGAGCAGCAUGCUCUCUACCGCCUCUCACUCCUCUCAUCCAUCAAUUCCUCACCAGUCACCUACAAGCCAAGGAGAGCCAUACCCAAUUAUGGGACCCCGUGUUCCACAUGGUUCAGGCUCCCAUCACAUGGCAGAGCCUUUCCCCCCAGGACCUGUUCAUCAGACAACGCAGAGGGGUCAUGCUUUUCUUUCUGAUUCUUAUGGCUCCACUCCAAGGUUGCAUCAUUAUCAGCAACAUAAUCAAUGUCAACAACAGCAGCAACUCCAGGGUCCUUCCCAUCCACAGUUGUCUAUGCAGGCAGGACAUGUUCCCCAGCAGCAGUCCUUCAUACAGCUACAGGGAGAGCCUUUUGCAAUGAUGGCCCGUGCCCAGCAGAUGGUGGAUGUGAUGACCGAGGAGAACAAAGUUUUGAGACAAGAGAUGGAGGCUUGUCGCGAGAAGGUCACAAGGUUACACAAGUUGGAAACAGAGAUACAGCUAGUGUCGGAGGCCUAUGAAAACCUUGCCAAGUCUUCCUCUAAGAGAGAAGCAUUGGAGAAAACUAUGAGGAGCAAGUUGGAACUACAAGUGCGCCGACUGCAUGACUUCAACAGAGACCUGCGAGAGCGCAUGGAGACUGCUAAUAAACAGCUCGUUUCUAAAGAGUGUGAUAGCUCUGAAGACAAUCGGAAAACCAUCUCCCAGCUGGUUGCUCAGAAUAAAGAAAUUCUGCGGGAGAAGGAAAAGCUGGAGAUGGAGUUGAAUGCACUUCGCUCAACUGCAGAUGACCAAAGGAGACACAUUGAGAUCAGAGACCAAGCGCUGAACAAUGCCCAGGCAAAAGUGGUUAAACUGGAGGAGGAGCUAAAAAAAAAACAAGUUUAUGUGGAGAAAGUGGAAAGGAUGCAACAGGCUCUGGCCCAGCUCCAGGCAGCAUGUGAGAAGAGAGAACAACUAGAACACCGUCUUCGUACAAGACUGGAAAGAGAACUGGAAUCUCUACGUCUGCAGCAGCGUCAAGGAACCUCACAGAGCAGCGGCUUAGUGACAUCAGAGUACAAUGCCACAGCCCUAAUGGAGCACCUGCGAGAGAAGGAGGAGCGCAUUCUGGCUCUGGAGGCUGACAUGACUAAAUGGGAGCAGAAGUAUUUAGAGGAAAGUGUAAUGAGGCAGUUUGCCCUGGAUGCAGCUGCGUCCGUUGCUGUGCAGAGGGAUACAUCUGCAGCAGGGAUAAACCAUUCUCCGAGCAACAGCUAUGAUACUUCUGUUGAAGCUCGAAUUCAGAAGGAAGAAGAAGAGAUCCUAAUGGCCAAUCGUCGCUGUCUUGAUAUGGAGAGCAGGAUUAAGAAUCUUCAUGCCCAGAUCAUUGAGAAAGAUGCCAUGAUAAAGGUUCUUCAUCAGCGCUCUAAGGAACCCAUGAAGUCUGAUGCACCAUCUGCCAUGCGUCCUUCUAAAUCCUUGAUGUCCAUCUCCAACACUGGUCCAGGUGGUUCAGGACUGCUUUCGCACAACCUUGGGCUUAGCAGCUCACCAAUCACUGAGGAGCGCAAGGAUGCCAGCUGGAAGGGAAGCCUCGGAGUUCUGCUGGGUCCAGAAUGUCGCACAGAGUCUCUGCGGACAGAAUCCAUCUCGUCAUCCCCUUCCCCCGUACUUUCUACCACCCUGAUGACUACAGGUCACUCAAAGACAGGCAGCCGGGACAGCUGCACACAGACUGACAAGGGUCAAGGCCAAGAAGCAAGCAAGCCCAGCCCUUCAGUCCUGCAGAGUAUGACCCUGCCUGCCCGCCUAUCAAGCCCGAGCCCAGUCUACAUCCCAGAUCGCUUAGCAGAAGUUCCAGUGUUUCACAGCAGCACCUUUGAACGGAGGUUCCUUGUGCAGUCCCAUUCACAGCAACAAGCUCUCUCGUCAGCUCCAGCAGUCCAGCAAGAAUUAGACACAGACAUCGUUGAAAUCCUCAUAUGAAACCAUGGCUUCAAGAAAAAAAAAGUAUGCGUAAGUGAUGGAAUGGCAGCUUCAUCACAAGAACUCUCUUAAUCAUCCUGCACAGUGAGAGCUGCAUCUCAGUCCUGAGACAUUUUGAUUUAUCUUUUCAUCCAAUAUCCUUUCAUUCUAUAAUUUUAGCCUGACUGAAGAAAGAACAAGAUUGCAAGGGGUACAACUCUGUAUCAAAAAUAGGCCUGAAGCAAUUUCAGAGGUGAUAUUUUUUCCACUGGUUUCUGUUGUAAUGUAUUCUUGAAAGUAGUAGGGAAUUAAAUAUACACUUUUUAAAAAAAUGUACAUAGUUAGACAAUACUGAGGAGCAAAGUCCCCUCCAAACUCGGAUACAUUUCAUUUGGGAUUUCUGUAUCUGAGUCAAAGUGUUCUAUUUGUUACACUUUUGUGUUUAAUAAGUAGUUGUUGUGUUUAAUUAUUAGUGAUCCUAUUACUACAGUCACUAUACAGUCACUGUAUUACUAACUGUAGUACCAAGUGUUUUUAGCACAUCUAACAGACUUUAUAAAGUUUUCCAACAAACAAGUUUUCCAACUGGUUUUGUUCAGCUUUCUGAAAAGAUAGAGAUGAAAGAGCAUCGCUUUUUCAAGGUAUAGUAACCAUUUCAAAUAUUAAAAAAUUUAUCCAGACAAAUUGCAUUGGAACAAUUGUAUAUACUGUUGUUUGCAAUAUUUAUUGUACAGAUUACCACAUCUGCUUUACGCUUUAUUUUAAGGCAUUUGGUCGUGUGUGUGUGCGUGUGUGUGUGUGUGUGUGUGUGUGUGUUUGUAUAUCUUAGACAUUAGAGACACAUAUGCAGUCAGGACUGAUAUCAACUAGUGUUUAACAAACCCUUCACAUACAGAGGUUUACUUUCUGUCUGUUGUUUCCAACUUAAAACCACAAAUUUAAAAAGCUACAAACAUGACAAAUCAUAAAUGACUUAGAAGUUCAGCCUUUUAACCUUCUCUAAAUAUUAGUAUGUGUAUCUUAAUUCAAUUAAAUCAGCCUGUCAUUUUGCAAUGUUUACAUUCAUACAUGCGUACAUACAUACAUUCAUUUUUGCAUUAAUUAAAAAAGAGAAGUUAAUCAGAUAAUUUUAUUACCACACCAUGUUGCCCUCUCUAACCUUAAAAUGCAAUUUGUUUUCAAGCAAGACCAUUUACUGUCAGCCAAUUGGAAGAUGAGAUUUGAACAUGAGCAUUAAAAGCUUAUAGAAUGCAUAUGCAUAUCCAGUGCUGGAAAAUAUAGUUACAUUUAAGGCUUCAUUUUAUUUCACAUAAAAUACCCUGAAUAUAUGCAAAAUCAUUACUGCCUUUAACAAGAUAAAAAGAACUUCUGUAAACUCCAUUCAGAAAGACCAACAGGUUGGGACACAAAACCAGGACCUUCUAGUUUCUACCAACCACACCACAGCCCACAAUUCAAUUCAUUUCAUUUCAAUUGAAUUGAAUUGAAUUCAGUUUUAUUUAAAUAGCACAAAUUCACAUUAAAUGUCAUCUCAAAGGACUUUACAAAAUCUCUUUUCAAUUUAAUCACAAAUAUAUUCCAACUGAUCCUAGUUAUCAAACAGUACUGUAUGCUUAAAUAGUUAUUCACUGAAGUUUAAAAAGUUUCUGUGUAAUGAAACACUGCAGAUGACAUCGAGUCAUUGACUUGCAGUAUUAACUCUUUCUGGACCAGCAUGUAGCAACAAUCACAUGUACUGUGAUGAUGAUUUAACAGCAUUCCCUCAUACUGAGCAUGAAUGGAGCAACAGUGGAGUGGAAGAACUUUAAUAAGAAGAAACCUCCAGAAAAACUUGGCUUAGUCCAAACGACCCUCUGCCACAACCCACUGGGAGUUUGAGAAGACACAGCAGGGACACAAAAAAGAAACAGAUGAGCUAAUGUAGGAUUGUUUUUCAUUUUUAUGAAAGUAAGUUAUUAGCAGGAGAGGAAGUUGAUGGAAGCAUUAUCUCAGCUAAUUUCUUCCUCCAGGAAGGUAUCACAGCUGUUGCCCCUUGGGCUCCAAAAACUGUCAUCAGUAAUUCCAGUAACUGGUAAUAAAUCUUUAAAUCUCUGAAGAAGAACUUUGGCCACCCCUUAUUUUUUUUCUAUAAAGGUUUUAAUUUAGUCAAGUUGUACAAUUUAGAGCAAAAUUAGCAUGCUUAUAGUAACUCCCGACCACCUGAGUUGAUUUCACUUCAUAGUUGGCUAGAUCAUUUAAAAGCCUUCAUUUUAAUAACAUUCCUCUAAAGGAUUUUCUGUUAAAGAGAAGUAUUAAAGAGCACCAUAAAAUAUGGUGAGUCAGGUGAAACAAGAAAGCAUCCCCAGACCAUCACAUCACCUUGUUUCAAUGGAGUGAUGUUGCUUUUUUAAUGCUUUGUCAGUUCUGAUAUAACUAGAGAUGCAGCUAUGACAUUCUUUAUAGUGUUUCCUGGUUGUUCCAUAUUCUCUGAAUUAGUCAUUAAUAGGUCCAGCUGUGGUUUAGUAGAGUCUCAAAGUCUUAAUUUGUAAGAUCUUCCAAACUGAUAUACCAAUGACUGUUUGCUGACUUUCUGGAAUUUGGGGCAAAUUAGAAAAUAGUAUGUGUUUAUUAUUUAUAUCCACCUGGUGCUUGUUGCCAGAAUGUUUUAUUUAGGUGAUUUUCUAAUUCUACAGGUCUGACAAGAGUCGGGCCUUGAUGUGUAAUGUGGCAAAACACUUUACUAUUUCAGAGUGUUAUUUUGAUUUGAAAAGCUUUUUUGCUUAAUAAAUAUACAUAACUUGAAUACAUGUUCCUUCAGUCACUCAGUUGUUGCCUGAUGUUAAAAUGUUUUGCUCAAAAACAUUCAUUUCAACAUUACUUUCCCAUAACUCUGUCAUAUGAUCAUUCUUUCAUAAAACCAGGUCUGCGUGCUGCAUGACAGAGAACUCUUAUGAACAAAUUUUAUUCUCAGACAGCACACUACAUGUAUUCAUUGUGAAUGUGCCCUAAUUUUUGAAUUUUGAAUCUUUGGGGCUAAAAAUUAUGUUUUUCACAUUAACUUGCAUGAAAUGUGUUUUUCAAAGGAGGUUAGAAAGUUACAGAAGAGGCAAGGACUGAAAAUACAAAACAAACAUAAUUUAAGAACAUAUUUGGAACUGUAAGGUUAGAAAAAGAGCAAUUUCAUUUCUUUGCAGCAGUCACAGUGGACAGUUUAGGUUUUGUUCUGAAUGUUUGGCUUUGUGUUAAAAUUUACAUCAUGAAAGUAGUCAGUCAUUCCACUGUUGGCUACAAAUCCAACACAGCAGCACUAAGACAACUACACUGCCACAACUUAGUGAAGGUGCCACAUACUAGGUCACAUGUAACCAGCACAUAUUCGACCAAACAAUAAUGUCACAAAAUGUAGUUUUCAAAAAGGAAAAAUGUCACAGCUGGGCAUAAUUGUGUGAAAUUCUUACAAAUAUUGAAUUUGGAAUCAGUUCUUUCAGUUUGUAUCAGUUUAACACAAUGAAGUGGGAGCACAAAUAGCUCAGUACAGCCAAAUGCAGUUACAUCUAUUUUGUAGAAGAAGUUCCAGUGAACUGGAAGUUGAUAGUUGAAAUCCACUUUGACCCUUUGAAAAUAGAGAUGAUUAUCUUUCCCUAUCACUAUGAAAAGGUAUUUGAAUGUAUUUUCUUCUGCAAACUAACUUACCUGUCACUGUUGAAGUGGAAUGGACAUUUUAACCAAACCUGGGUAUAUUUUUAAAUAAGUUAUGCGUAUGUUGUAUUCUGUUUUGUACUUUAUAUUCUGUGUCAAUUAACCUAAAUAAACAGCACUUUUCUUCAUUUGA